GACUGCUUCUGCUACUGAGACAAACCGACAUUCAGUAUCUGAGGACGGGAGAUACACAAGUUCCGCUGUAACGAUGCUUGAAAUACGCCUGUCUCUGGAUCUCUCCGAAUGGCUUUUCAUUGGUAUGGAAUGUCGACAUCUUGACCUUUUUUGGUGGCUAUAUUCUUGGUUUACGCUAUUUCUUUACCUUGAUGGACACAUUGUCAAUCUUUCCGCUGUCCUCAUCCACACACUUACAAGACUUCCUGAUUGAGCAUUCCACAAUGGAGUUCCUUUAGGUCACAAGAGCGCUCCCUGUGGUCAUCGAAGCUGGAUAUAUAUACCUAGGUCGUCACAUCCGGAUCGCGUCGUCACUUUUCUCAGUCAUCUCGAGACCCGCAUCUCCUAUCAACAGCCUCGAGGUCUUUAUCUCUGGUCGUCGCCGUCGUCAUCUAUCGCUUUCUUGAGAUAUAAGAAUCUGCAUGCACCUGGCCUGUCUUUUCUUAUCCUCCAUCUCGUUAGUCCUCGGAGUCAUAACUUCAUAGGCCCCUGAGAGUCACCUAUGGAUCUCAGCCUCAACCUCGAAGGAACACACGUCGUCAUCACGGGUGCAGCAGGCUACAUCGGCUCCGUCACCGUCGCCGCGUUCCUCACGGCAGGCGCGAAUGUCUCCGCCCUCGACAUUAACCCAUCAAAGCUCAUCGCCAACCUCUCUUCCGACUUUGGCACCGCCACCGCCACAAGGUCUCUGUCCACCUCUGCCGAAUAUCUCGCCAGCCAUCCAAAUUUAUAUGUACUCCCACCAAGCGAUGUUACCUCCGAGUCAUCCCUCUCCUCUGCUUUCGAACUCGCGAGACAAAAGUUCGGACCGGUGCAGUGCUGCGUGGCGCUAGCGAGCUUGGACUUGAGCGUCCUAGAGCACCACGGGAGCUUGGUCGAUAUGAGCGUUGAACAGUGGAGGAAGACGUCUCAAGUGAACGUAGAGGGAACGUUCUUGACCGCUAGGGAGUGGCUGAGAGGGGUUAAGGUGCAGGUUGUCGAAGGGACUCCCGAAAGAGACGAGAAGGAAGAGUGGAAUCUCAGUUUGAUCAUCGUCGGAAGUGAAAGCGGCUGGUUCGGAGAACGGGGUAAUGCAGAUUACUCAGCGGGAAAGAGUGCGGUACAAGUGGGAUUACUGCAGAGUUUGAGGGGAGAUGUGGUCAGGGUGCAUCCCAGGGCGAGGGUCAACGCUAUUGCUCCAGGGGCGGUCGACACAGCACAGUUUCGUCGUGAAUGCGAGGCGAAUCCGGAGCAGUAUUGGUUGGAUGCUCAAGCGACCACUGCGCAGAAACGUCCAAUACCUGUCGAAGCUGUUGCCAAAUGUAUCCUAUUUCUGGCGAGCGAAUCCUGGAGCGGCCACAUUCACGGACAAGUCUUGAAUGUCGAUGGUGGAAAGAUGGGUAAAUUGAUGUGGACGAAGGAUGAGAUAUUGUAAGGUCCGUGUCGUGUUCUUCGUUCACAAUACUGCGGAAUACUUCGAUAUCUAUGUUCGCGAUAGCAGCUGGGUCAAUGAUUUUUUUAUUAUUAUCAUUUUGUAGGCCGCAAACAACGAUCAACGCUGCUUUAUAGUCUCACUUCGGUACACAAUGAGCGCUUGCCACUGCAUGCAGCAUUUCAAGCUAUCCAAUCUGAUAUUGGCGGACAGCAGUCCUUGUUGUUAGUUAUCACGCCC